AUGUUGCGACCGGAGUCCCCUCUCGCUGACCAUCGCAGCCUUCUGCCGCGUCGGCUGCUUCCGGUCAAGGCACAGAUAGCACCCGCCGACAAAAAGAAAAACCGCAGGUCUCUCGAACUUAACCCCCCGUCCGAUCACCCCACUUAUGACUAUCCGAAACUCCUCAUCUCAAAAACCACCGAUUCCCUCAACACAGAAUGCCCUCGCAAACACUUAAAUAAACAAGAUUCGACUGAUAGCUUAAAGAGGGCGCUUCUCGCCAAAGAGGACAAAAAGCUCAAGGACGACAAGAAAGUCGCGAAGCAGGAUUCGAGUGAAAGCCUUAAGAAGGCUCUGCUGUGCAAACAGGACUCGAAUGAUAGUCAGAAGCGAGUGGAAGUCGAUGUUAAAUGGACGCAAAAGGAGGAAAAGCGGGAGGUGAAGCGGGGUAGCGAUAAGAAGGGGUUGCUAGAGACUGAUAUAGAUGAUACUUACAAACGGAUUUAUGAAAGGAGAACGGGAUGUGCCCGGCCCACGUUACCGCCCGUGGCAGAGAAAGGGGUGUCUCCAAAGUCUCCUAAUGGGAGUCCAAUCACUCCUGGGGUGGCGGCGGUGGCUGAAGGUGUAGUUCGGUGGGGGAGUGGGCUCCUAUCGCCAAAGGAAGAACCAAGACUUCGACCGGCCAGGAGCUGGUACGGCUAUGGGACUCUACCGUCAGAUAGUGAUAAGGUAAGUUUGUAUACAGACUUGUAA